UUCCAGCCGAAAUUAUCGUGCUUGUGCAAAGUGAAAUCUAAUUCCGGUUUUCCGGGGAUCUUCGCUGCUACGUGUACACAUCGCGAAGAAAGAGCUCAAAGAAGGCGAUCAAAGUGGACACGCGGAGAAACGCGAGAAAGAGUUAUUUUGGAAAUACAACGUGGAAUAGGAAUAUUUGUUGACUUUCGUUACGAUGCAGUGAUCAUUGUCAAUUUACCGGAACGGAAAACUUUUUCAAUUAGAACCAAAAACAUCUUUUCCGUAAAACCUUAAUCCACAGGACUAAACCUAGAAGUUUCAAUUCAAAUAAAUUCAACACUUUGGACCACGUCACGCUUGACCAGAUUAUCACCUUUGAUGAUGCUACCCGGCUAGACUAGUUUGCGACGAUUUUUUCUUUGGUCGAUCAGCAUUGUUAGUGUCAAUCACUGCUGCAACGAUUUUGCGCUGCCAAAUUCCACGUUAUCAGUUUCGCUGCCGGUAAAAAUGUUAUCGUGUUUGGAGUGAACGAGCCCGCGCUGCUACUGGCCGUUGACCGAUUGCGCUGUUACAGGUGGCGCGUCAAUUGUGGAAUAUAGUACGUUUUGGUUUUUUUUUUAAAGUGUUUUAGUUUCAGUAGUGUUUUGUGUUGUUUGCCUGGUUUGUUUGAAGCCGGCGGCAGUCGAUGUUUAGUGAUAGGACGUAACCACCGAAUUCUUCCCGGCUCGCUGCUGCCAGUGUUAAAGUUUGUGGUGUGGGAGUUUUCCAGGGUCCGAGGAAAGCUUUGGCUUUGGCUUUGGGCGCUUGCCGAUGCAGCUCAGUCAUCCGUGAGUAGUGCAUGCGGGUAUGUCUGCUAUGCAGGUGCGAAUCGCGUAGCCCUGGUGGAAAAUUCUAGUGUGUGUAUCCGGUAAGGAAAUAGAUGAUGUGUUAAUGAAAUUUAAUUCCUGCUCGCCCGUCGACGGUAAAGGCCGGAAAUAUUUGGGCUCGGAAGAAUAAGUGAUACCAGGGUGGCGGGCUAAAGCGAAACAGCCCAAGAAGGGGAAAGGCCAGAGAAUAAGCCACACAUUCCGACGUUUAGCACCGGCACGGGAAGAUAGUAAUAACUUCAUCUCCGGCCGUUGGAAGAAGAAAUACCCCGGAAAGUGUUGCGGGGCACGUUGAGGGCAGGGUGAAAUGAGCAACAUCAACUACUCGAGAAUGUUUCGAGGUAAAAUCCGCACCAACACCUGCCGGAUCGUGCUGCUGACGUCGCUAGUAUGGCUGCUGAUCGACGUGGUGCUGAUUAUGAACUAUGCCGAUUGUCUCGGUGGUUCCAGUUGGCUCUGCAAGCGAAGCGGAGAGUACGAUGUUGAGCUUCCACACAGUCCCCAGCAGGCGGCUCGGGGGCAGCCCGCCGAAGAUGACGAUCCCAUCGUGGACCGGGAAGAAAUCGACACAAACUCCUACAACUUUGGCGAAGACGCGUCCAUGCCGCGGACGUACAAGCCCCAGGAUUUGAAAAAAUGGCGCCCGGCGCCAACGAUAAACGAAAACUACGGCAAACCCGGCGAAAUGGGUAAGCCGGUGAAAAUCCCUGCCAAUCAGCAGGAGCUAAUGAAGGAAAAGUUCAAGGAAAACCAGUUCAACCUGCUGGCCAGUGAUAUGAUUUGGCUGAAUCGAUCCCUGACGGAUGUGCGGCAUCACGACUGCAAAAAGAAACACUACCCAGCCAAGCUGCCCAGCACCUCGAUUGUGAUCGUGUUCCACAACGAAGCCUGGAGCACGUUGCUGCGCACGAUCUGGAGCGUGAUUAACCGAUCGCCCCGGCCGCUGCUGAAGGAAAUUAUCCUGGUGGACGAUGCCAGCGAGCGGGAACACCUGGGCCAGCAGCUGGAGGAUUACGUGCGGACGUUGCCGGUGAGCACUUACGUGCUGCGAACCGGAAAGCGUUCCGGGUUGAUCCGGGCCCGGUUACUCGGUGCCAAACACGUCAAGGGACAAAUCAUCACCUUCCUGGACGCUCACUGCGAGUGUACCGAGGGAUGGCUGGAACCUCUGCUGGCCAGAAUCGUUCUAGACCGCCGGACGGUGGUGUGCCCAAUCAUCGAUGUGAUAUCGGACGAAACCUUCGAGUACGUGACGGCUUCCGAUCAAACCUGGGGAGGGUUCAAUUGGAAGCUCAAUUUCCGAUGGUAUCGAGUGCCGACCCGGGAGAUGCAGCGAAGGAAUCACGAUCGGACAGCUCCUCUGAGGACCCCCACCAUGGCUGGUGGUCUGUUCUCGAUCGAUAAAGAUUACUUCUAUGAGAUCGGUUCGUACGAUGAAGGUAUGGACAUCUGGGGAGGUGAAAAUCUAGAAAUGUCUUUCAGGAUUUGGCAGUGUGGUGGCAUCCUGGAAAUUGCUCCCUGUUCCCAUGUGGGGCACGUUUUCCGAGACAAAUCGCCGUACACGUUCCCGGGAGGCGUUGCUAACAUCGUACUGAAGAAUGCAGCCCGCGUUGCCGAAGUCUGGCUAGACGAGUGGAAAGAGUUCUACUACCAGAUGAGCCCAGGAGCUCGAAAGGCACCUGCCGGCGAUGUCAGCGAACGACGAGCCCUCCGGGAAAGGCUAAAGUGCAAGAGCUUCCGCUGGUAUUUGGAAAACAUCUAUCCCGAAAGCCAGAUGCCACUGGAUUAUUACUUCCUGGGCGAGAUUCGAAACGCUGAAAGUGAAAACUGUCUCGAUACGAUGGGCCGCAAGUCGAACGAGAAGAUCGGCAGCAGCUACUGUCAUGGCCUCGGGGGCAACCAGGUGUUCGCCUACACCAAAAGGCUGCAGAUCAUGUCCGACGAUAACUGUCUGGACGCUUCCAACGCGCUUGGUCCGGUCAAUCUGGUCCGGUGCCACGGGAUGGGUGGCAACCAGGAGUGGAAGUACGAUCAAGAGGAAAAGACUAUCAAACACGUCAACAGUGGCAACUGUUUAACGCGGGCGAGCCGCGAGGAUGCCGCGACGCCCCUUCUGCGGCCCUGCAACUACUCCCUGGGACAGAAGUGGUUGAUGCAGUCCAAAUUCAAGUGGCAAGCCCAGCACGGAGCCGACAACCGGAUCGAGGACGAAAGCAGAUAAAAUCAACAUCCUGCUGCAGCAAGGUCCAGCCGCCGUUCCGAGGGGAACCGGAAUUAAGGAAAAGAACUAAAAGAAAAAGAAAUCCGUGCCACAAUGUGAUUCCCUGUCAUCGACGCGUCGUCCCCGCCCUCCCCCCAAGAAGCCAAUUUCAAGUACCCAUUUUCCAGUUUUCCCAAAAACAAAAAAAAAGAUCAAACAACAAUUUGAGAAAUAAGGACUGUCCAUAUAUUGCACAACGGAGACCAAACUUUGGUUUGGUGCGCUUUCCACGCGGAUGUUGGUAGAUGAGCACAAAAAUUUAGCUACAGAACCGGGAACCAAUUUCGGCCGAGCUCGAGGACCCUUCCGUUUUUAGUCGCCUUAUUUGUAAUGUAGAUUAGUUUUUAGAGACUCCGACAAAUGUGAAGAUUUUUAUUGGUUGAUAUAUAGAAACAUUAACUACUGACUGAAUGAAGGAAAACGUGUCCUCCCUGUUUAUUUUCUCAUUAUCCAACAUGAACAAGACCGCUCUGCCGCGAGAAUCAAUUAGCAAAAGAAAACGUGAGUUUGACCGCGCAAGCAAGUUGCAGGAUGCGAACCAAACGAAUGUGUUGUGCGUUUCAAUGAACCAAGUUUAACGCGUAAGAACGUGACCCGAAGUGCUGUUGUGUUUCUGAAGUUUUGGGGGGG